UCAUCAUGGUCGCUAACCUUAUKCAUUUACUAUCURAAAGGAAGUGCYGCUGAGAGAGCUGCKGUKCAYAGAGCUUACAGUUUGAGCUCAAGGAGAGACAACGAAAUCUACAAAGUUAACCAGAACAGAGAUGUGGCCUUCGAYUUCGUGCCACCGGAUGACACCUUAAUGUCGGGCAGUGACUUUGAUGUGCAGUUGAAGAUGAAAAACACAAGUGAUAAKCUAAGGACUAUUGACGUCACCAUAGUAACAAGGACUGCAUUUUACACUGGAAUCACUGCAGUACCAUUGGACAAACUGCAUAAUACCUACAGUUUACAGUCAAAUGAAGAGAAAAUGGUAUCUUUGCCAGUUCCAGCAAGCAAUUACAUGGGGAAAACACCUGCAGAGACAAACAUCAAAGCCUUUUUGACUGCAAAAGUUAAGGAAACUGGACAGGUUUUCAACGAUGAUGAAGUGAUCGAACUGCAGAAGCCUGGAAUUGUGUUUGAGUUUAAAAAAGAUGYAGUAAAGGAAAAGAAGAAGUUUGACUUGACAGUUUCCUUCACAAAUCCACUUAAAAUACCGCUCGACAAUUGCGUCUUCAACAUCGAGACUGCUCGCUAUGUUAACCCUGACACAAUAACAGAAACGCUCAAAAAGCCUGUUAAACCUCAAGAGAAAGCCUCAAUCACAGUGUCCUUAGAACCACAAAGACGUGGAUGGAGAUAUGCCAUUGCUAAUUUYACUUCAAACCAGCUUUCUGGAAUCGACGGUCGUGUUAAUUUUAAAGUAGAAUGAGCACAAAACGGUUUUAAAUUUCAAAAUGAAAGAAUGAAGUAUUUUUGCAUACGUAACUAUCUAAUAUCAAUUCAAUUUCACGCCACACACUGAUGAGUUACAAUAAAGAUGGUGAAAAAUCAA